UUUCCUCCGUCACCGAACGCUACUUACCUCACAUCCAUUGCUUAGUUUGCUCUUUUAUCUUUAGCAAUUUGUAAUUGCCGGUCAAAUGUUGAUAACCUUGCAUUCCUUUCCCGCUGGGCUAGAAUAAACACUGUCUCUACGUCUGCACCCCAACAACUCCCUCGGAUGGAGACGACCUUUACCAGCAUCGGUUGCUGCUCCUUUGUCCUCCUGCGAUUCCGAUGCCAAACCCACACACGCAACGCAAGCACAUAUGCAUUGACUGCUCCCCAACCGCAGCUCCAGCUCCUCUCAAUAGCUGCUCCGGCCGCGCGGACCGGCAGGUAGAAAGGUCACAACUCACAAGCCGAUCCCAGAGAAAGGAGGAGGGUGUUGGCUUAGCUAGCUGGAGAUCCACCACAGAGCGAGCAUCGAUCAAGUAAGAGAAAGGAGGAGGGUGUUAACCAGGCGGGCAUGGCGGGGCUGCAGCGGUCGAGCGAGACGUUCCGGCGGUCGGGGUCGUCGGGGAUGGUGUGGGAGGACAAGCAGCAGCUGUCGGCGUCGGGCAAGGAGGCGGCGGCCCCCGCGCGGAUGCAGCGGAGCGGCUCCAGCGGGGGUCACGGCGGGUACAGGGCGGGGCACGUCCAGCCGGCGCUCGACCCACCCUCCCCGCGCGUCGCCGCCUGCGGCUUCUGCAGCCUCUUCGGCAAGCAGGCGCCCCAGCCGCAGCACCGCGCGGGCGGCGGCAGCGCCAAGGGGAAGCGCCGGUGAGCCAGGGACCAGCUUGCCGCUUGCGUUACUUGUGCGCGCAGCUAUGUACAUGUAUGCCAGACAGACUUGUGCCUCUGAUCUGUUGGACACGGCACCUUCUUGCCCUAGACUUAGUACAAAUGAUGUGGGGCGGCGUUGGUGUUGAUGUCAACGCGUAUGAGUAAAACUCGUUACCUCUCCUUCAAGGACGUGCUGCUCAUGCAUACCCAUGUAGUCGCAUUUAAAGAUGACAUGUCAUCUUGUUUUUGUAAUAUUCCCCCAUCAUAAUAAAAGUGUGCCUUCAUGCAUAUGCGGCUUUUCCCGCA